GCGCCCUCCAAUGAGCGAGCGCUCCCGCCACCGCGCCCCGCCCCGGCAGUAACCGCCCCGGCACCAUCCUUAAAGGGGCCGCUCUGCUCUGCUAGGCUGGUCUCUUCAGGGGAAGGCACCCGCCACUGGCCACCCCCUGCAGCCCAGCGAGGCCAUGGCGAGGCCGGGCCAUGCCAGGAGCCACCAGCCGCUGGAGGAGGCCGAGGAGGCCGAGGACCCGGUGGACGCCAUGAUCUCACGGACAGGCUGCAUGGCGCAGCACCGGGAGCUGCAGGAGUGCAUGGCGGCGCGGCAGGACUGGCGACACUGCCAGCCCCAGGUCCGGGCUUUCGGUGACUGCAUGGCCCGGCGGCAACGUGCCGAGGAGCUGCACCGGGCACCCAGCCUGCACCCAGCCCACCCGUCACCCACCGGGGAGUGACAGUCACCCGCUCCCAGCACCACAGGCCAGCCCACGCUCAGCACCCCAGGGGUGGCUGCAUCAUUUGACCCUUUUUUAAUAUUACUUUUUAUUCAAGCGGGUGGGUGUGCCGGUAAAUCUGUGUUCCGUUGUUGGGAAAUUAAAUCUGGUGGCAUUCAUCAUCCUG